AUGGAAGAUGAUGCCGGGCAGCGAGAGUGUGUUAUGGACGUAUCACCAGGCGGCAAUGAGACUUGGUUAACAGAAUGCGACCCCAACAUUAAGCCGACACAAGGUCAAAUGUUUAAAAACUUAGAUGACGGUAUUGAAUUCUACAUGAAGUAUGCAUCUAUAGCUGGCUUUGAUGUGCGUCAAAGUUCGGACAAGAAGAACAGGUAUGGGGCCAUUUUGAGGAAAAAGAUGGUUUGUUCACGUGAAGGUUUUAAGGAAACCAAAAACACAGAGCCGGCUGUUAGUGAUGCACCAACCAAGGCCAGAUGCCGCCGGCCGUCAACAAGAGUUGGGUGCAUGGCUAGGAUUGUAUUCAAACGAGACAAGGCGGGAAGGUAUGUUGUGACGACAUUCGAAGAGGCACACACGCACUGUUUGUGCGAGGAGAGUUACAAGCCUUUCUUGAAAGUGAAUAGGAAACUAGAUGUUGGUCAUCAACAAUUCAUAACGAAUUGCUCUAAGGUUAAUGUCGGUGCCAGUAAGAGCUUUGACAUAUACGCAGAGAUGGUUGGUGGAGUUGAGAAUGUGGGUUGCAUGCAGCAGGAUUUCAAGAAUUACCGAAGGGAGGUGUUGGCAUACAUGCAAGGUAGAGACGCACAAAUGGUAAUAUCAAAAUACCUUGAUAUCAAAUCUGACUACAGUGACAUGUACUUCGAAUACGAAGCAAAUGAAAAAGAUCAAUUGGCACGUGUGUUUUGGGCAGACGGAGUAGCACGACAAAAAUUCUGUGCGUUCGGAGAUGUCGUAUCGUUCGAUGCAACGUACAAAACAAACAGGUACAAUCUCGUGUUUGUCCCAUUCACAGGAGCCACUUUAUCAUGA